UUAUUAUUUAUAAUGAAUCUGAGAAAUCUUACACCUACACAAAAAGUUUUUGUUUUCUUUUCUCUGAGCUCAUUCAUUCAUUGCAUUCAGAGUCAUUGCUUAUAGAAUAUGGAUUUUACACUAAACUUGUUUACAUUGAACUGUUGGGGCAUUCCUUUGGUUUCCAAAAAUCGCAAGGAAAGAAUUAAAGCAAUAGCAACUUACUUGAUAAAUGCAUCACACAAUAUAGUGUGUCUGCAGGAGAUUUGGAGUGAAGCGGACUUUAUAUUCUUGCAGGAGGAAUUGAGGAUCUGUCUACCAUAUUCUCAUUAUUUCUAUAGUGGUGUGCUCGGAUCUGGACUAUGUGUGUUCUCAAAAUGGCCAAUCCAAGACGUGUUCUUUCAUCAAUGGCCAUUAAACGGUUACAUCCAUAAGAUACACCAUGGAGACUGGUUUGGUGGCAAAGGUGUGGGACUUUGUAGAAUAAAAACAAAUGACAUUCUUAUAAAUGUUUACUGCACACACCUUCAUGCGGAGUAUCAUGAGGAUGACAUGUAUCUGGCUCACCGAGUGCUACAAGCAUAUUCAACAGCCGAGUUUGUGAAUCUAACAAAGGAUCCAGCUGAUAUUUCCAUUUUGGCUGGUGAUCUUAACACUGCACCAGGAGACUUAUCCUUCAGACUUAUUACUGAAUUGCCUGAACUAAGGGAUCCAUUUAUUGAAAGACAUGUAGACAAUGACAAUGAAGGAACAUGUGACAAUAUUAACAAUAGCUAUUCCGAUCCGAAGAUGGUGAAAGUGAAUCCAGGAGGAAAAAGAAUUGAUCAUAUCUUAUAUAACCUAAAUCCAUCAUGGGAGGCAGAAAUAAUAAACUUUGGGAAUCCAUUGGAAAGCAGAGUGCCUGGAGAAGAUUUUUCUUAUUCUGAUCACAAUGCAGUAUACUUGGAGAUUAAAAUGAAGCAAACAAAUUUCAAAUUAAGACCAAGUCAGAGUGUAGAUACACGACGCCAGGAAACUAUAAACGCUACUAUAAAAGUAUGCAAAGACUCAACAACUACUGUCAUGAAAUCCAGGAAGUUGUUCCUUAUGACUGGAGGACUCAUUUUUAUGUUCCUCCUUGGAUCUGUAGGUUUUUGGCCAAACAAUAUACUGGCUGAUGUGAUAAAAAUCAUUAUGACUGGUAUAUGCUUUUAUUAUAUUAUGAUGGGAACAAUAUGGAAUAGAAUUGAAAUUAAUAGUCUAAAAGCUGGUCUUUCCGCUCUAGAAAAUAUAAACAAAAGCAGAGAUAUCAAAAAGUUUUAAGUUUUAGUAAGUAAUGUUAUAAAAUUAAAACACUUAAAAAAUAUUCCACAUAAAACAUAUCAAAUUCUAUAUUAUAAUCUAUUAUAAGAAACAAAUCACUGUAUGUGCUAGGAAUAUAA